AUGGAUGCUGUUGAAAGUGAUAAUCAGACAGAAGAUUCUUCCGGUUAUUCCGACGAUGAAGUUGUUCAAGAGCAGAUUUCUCUUGCUUUGAUGGAUGAUGUGCUGGAACCACAAACACGUCAUCGACCUCUAGAAAUGAGGGUAAUGAUCCAAGUAUAUUGUCCUUCUCAACAAAUACAGUCCGCAGUCGGUCUCGCUAUGUUUGGACAUGAAACCAUAGUACGGACAUACCAAAGAAAGUUCACCAAUUCACGCAACGGUACGAAUCAUUUACCUUACCUGAGUUAUUCUAAUGAAAAUUUACAAAUAGCCAUAAAAGCAAAAUUGCAAAUGAAUCACUAA